GACGGUCUGGACCCACUCCUGGAGCGCCACGUGUCGUCAGGACAGCCGGGUUUAGACCAGGAGCGUCGGUGGCGGCGGCAGCGGGAGGAAGGGGCGCGAGCAGGGGGGGGGCCAGAGUGUCGUCCGCUGCCGCCCAGCAUUUGCUGCUGGCAUCAGUGUCCCAGUCCACGUCAGCACCACCUCCCGUGCGGCCAUCACAGCCAGCCCCUUACCCGGGCACGCCUCUCAUGUGGGUGGGUGUGGGCGUGGCGCUCUCGCUCUUCGCCUCCUGGGGCUCCAAGUUCGUCAUGCAGCGCAUGCAGCAAGCCAUGAUGAAGCAGAUGCUCAGCGCCAUGCAAUCCGGAGGCAGCGGCCCGGGCGGCGCAGCCAAUCCGUUUGCGGCAGCUGGCAUGGGCGGCGACGCCAACCCAUUUGCAGCCAUGGGAGGCGGCGACAACCCGUUUGCAGCCAUGGGCGGCGGAGGAGCAGCAAACCCCUUCGGUGGCAUGCCCUUCCCACCACCAGCAUCACCCUCAUCAUCACCCUCCUCCUCUCCCUCGUCCGCCUCCUCUGGGUCGUCCAAGGCUAAACCCUCCUCCACAGCCGCCAAGGCGUCUGCAGACCCUCCGUUCCACUUGUGUGUCGCUCUGUUUAUCUGUGCCAAGUGGCAGCACAAGCGGCAGACCCCAAGCUAUCACCCGACCAUGCUGCUGCUCCUUCCGUUUCCUAAACACCUUCCCGUUUUUCCUCAUCCCUUCCCACGCCUCCUUCCUACCCGUCCCCCUCCCGUCACAGCAGUGGUGGACGUGGCAGCAAAGGUAGCAGACGCCAAGCCGGCUUCUGCUGCUACACCUCCCGCCUCUACCACCACCAGCACUACCAGCACUACCAGCAGCAGCACCCCGUCGUCGUCGUCGUCCUCCUCCUCCUCCUCCACAACCCCAGCGGAGGAGGCGGAGAGCAGCAGCAAGAAGAAGAGUUUCUUCCAAGAUGCUGAGGUGGUGGAGGAGCCAGCCGGGGGAGGCUUCUCCUGGGGGAACACCGGCAGCAGCGCUGGCAGCAGCGGUGGCAAUGCGUCGAAUGCCACUUGGGACACUUCGACCAACUCGUUUGCCAAUGGGGGAGCUGGCGGGGCUAAGGGAAAGAUGACAGUGGAGGCACUGGAGAAGAUGCUCGAGGACCCCAUGGUGCAGAAGAUGGUCUUCCCGUAUCUGCCAGAGGAGAUGAGAGACCCGGCCACCUUCAAGUGUAAGCACCUCCACCCACACCUCUUAUCCUUCAUCCCACCCCUCCCCUCUGUGUCUCCCUCUCCCGCCCUUACCCCUCCUCUCCUACUCUCCCUCUCCCUCUCCCUCCCCACCCCUCCUCUCCUUCUCUCCCUUCUGCUACCCACCCCUCCUCUCCGUCUCUCCCUCUCCCUCCUCACCCCUCCUCUCCCUCUCUCCCUUCCCCUCCCCACCCCUCCUCUCCUCUCCCUUCCCCUCCCCACCCCUCCUCUCCUUCUCUCCCUUCCCCUCCCCACCCCUCCUCUCCUUCUCUUCCUUCCCCUCCCCACCCCUCCUCUCCUUCUCUCCCUUCCCCUCCCCACCCCUCCUCUCCUUCUCUCCCUUCCCCUCCCCACCCCUCCUCUCCUUCUCUUCCUUCCCCUCCCCAUCCCUCCUCUCCGCGUUCUUCCCCAGCACGUGAAGCAAUUUGUUAGGAUGAUGCAGAGCCCCAUGUACCGCCAGCAGCUAGAGAGCAUGCUCGACAACAUGGGAGGCACGGGCUUUGAUGACAGAGUACUGGACAUGAUGAAGAGCUUCGACCUCAACAGCCCCGAAGUGAAGGACCAGUUCUCCCAGCUGGGCAUGUCACCAGAGGACGUGGUGGGUAAGAUCAUGUCCAACCCGAAGCUCGCCGCUGCCUUCCAGAACCCCCGCCUGCAGGCUGCCAUCCUCGAUGUGUCCUCCAAUCCCAUGAACUGGACCAAGUACCAAAACGAUGCUGAGGUGAUGGAGAUAUUCAACCAGAUCCAGGAGCUCUUUGCCCCUCGCUGA